AGCUAAUAGCCCCUGUACACUGCCCUACAAACUACUAACCUUAGCCUCUGCCUUGCUGACCCCCUGUACACUGCCCUGCUGAAUUCUUAUCCUCUGCCCACCUGACAUUUUUUACUGCAUCCUGACAUCAGACAGGGUAAAUCCAGCCCUUUUGUUGACAAGCAGAUACAAAUUUCUGAUGGAAUCCCUUGGUAGAUGAUAGCAUUUCCAACAGAUCAGAAUAGCAUCUGCUAAAGGCAUCCUUUCCUUUUUUUUUCUCUUGCAAUUAUCUUUCAUGUUGGUUGAAUUGGAGGAAACACUGACCCAUCUAAAGUUAAUCUAAUGGUGAAGCCACUCCAAAAUGCACUAAAAAUAAUACAUUUCCUGCAAUGCAGUGCAUUAGCAUAUGAGGAAUUUGACAGCCAUCACUUUAAUAUAAGUGGCAGGUGGAAUUCCGGACCAAGCUAGGAAUGACUACAAAGGAAACUACAGCAUGUUUACCAAUGUACACUAUUCUCAGGAAUGAGGAAGCUUAAAGGGUUUAAAUUCAUGAUCUGAAAUGUUUAUUUUUCAUAGAUCAAUGAGAGAGAGGGCAAGAAAGAUCUGCUGAACAUUUUUCACUCUGCUGGGAUGGGAAUGUUGAUUGCACUCGUUCUCCUAGCCACGGCUGCACCCGCUGCUCCAGAUUAUUCAGUGUGCGGUUCCCCGUUGGUGUCGAGCCGGAUAGUUGGCGGUACGGAUUCCUUGGAUGGGGAGUGGCCCUGGCAGGUUUAUGUUACAGACGGAAAAUAUAUGUGUGGGGGCUCCCUGAUCUCACCGGAGUGGGUUAUGACGGCAGCACAUUGCAUCCACAAUCCUAUCCAGAUAUCGAAUUAUAAAGUAUUAUUGGGCCUGUACAAGCUGGAUGUGAUCAGCUCUCAUACAGUUAUUGCCAAUGUAAGGACUAUCAUCACCAAUCCUAAUUAUUUAAACAUCUCUACCCCCGGAGACAUCGCCCUGAUACAGCUGGCCGCACCUGUCACCUAUACUCAAUACAUCAUGCCAAUCUGUCUGCCAUCUUUCACCACCACCUUCCCGAGUGGUACGGAGUGCUGGGUGACCGGCUGGGGUACAAGAACUUCUGGAGGGAGCGUAGUUGAGUAUGGCGCCCUCCAGGAGGUCAUGGUUCCCCUAAUAGACCGCAGUACAUGUCAAGCAAUGUAUAACAAUGGGGGAAGUACCCAAACCAUCCAGUAUGAUCAGAUCUGUGCCGGCUACAAGAAUGGGGGGAAGGACUCCUGUCAGGGUGACUCAGGAGGACCUCUGGUGUGUAAGGUCCGGGGCGUAUGGUACCAGGUUGGGAUUGUGAGUUCAGGAAUGGGCUGCGCCUACCCCAACUUCCCCGGGGUGUACACACGAGUGACGGCCUACCAAGCCUGGAUCAGCACCUACCUGAACGUUACAUUCAAUUAUGUGUCAAGUAUCACGACACCAACGACGACACAUGGAGGAAGUCUCAUCACGGGGUACACCAAUGCUGCUCCUUUACCAACAUCCAGCUUUUCACGCCAUCGCUGGAUGAUCCUGGUCCCAACUAUUCUUCUGAUGACACUCAUAUAACCCAAAUCAGCCAUCUCUGCUGACCUAGACAGGCAUUGAGAAUGUUCACUUUGCAUAGAAUACCAAAUCGCAUGGAAGAAAAAAAAAAUGUUUUAGCUCACACAUGAUUGGAUGAUAAUCAGCCCAGCUUCACCUCCUUCACCAAGCUACAUAAAACAAAAAAUACUUUACAAAGCAUAGAGCAUGCUCUACUCCUUUAAAAAAUCAUCCACCCUGUCUUCUAUUGCCAACAUAGGAAAAAUAAUUAGAGUUUUAUGAAAAUAUGAAGGUGUUUGUUUGAACUAAGAAGCUCCUUAACCACUUAAGACCCGGACCAAUAUGCAGGUCAAGGACCUUGCCCCUUUUUGCCAUUCGGCACUGCGUCG